AUGAGACACUUACUGAACAUUAACCAUUUGGCAUUAUAUGCCCUUUAUAUACCAACACUACUGUGUGCUGUAUUGCCAUUUGAACCAAUUCAAAAGUUCAUGUCUUCUGAGCAGCAGGCUGUGAAGAAAUAUAGGGAUUUACAGAUAGGCGAGCUAAACUUUAUCCAUACAACAGACACACAUGGAUGGUUGGGUUCUCAUUUGAACGAAGAGAAUUAUGAUGCCACUUGGGGAGAUCUCAUUUCCUUUGUUGACAAGCUAAGACAAAACGUGAUAAAGGAAAAUGAUCUUUUACUCAUUGAUACAGGCGAUAAGCAUGAUGGAAACGGGCUCAGUGAUGCUACCAUACCAAACGGAUUGAAUUCCACGCAAAUAUUCAAUGAAAUGAACUAUGAUUUAUUGACACUAGGGAAUCACGAACUUUAUGUUGAGGAUAACACAGUCUUGGAAUUUUAUGAGACAGCUUCUAAUCCCAAAUUCAAAGGCAAAUAUGUUUCUAGUAAUGUUGAGUUUAUUAAAGAAGAUGGAUCAAAAGUGCCAUUUGGUUCAAAAUAUCGUUAUUUUACUACAAAGAACAAAGGUCUUAGAAUUUUAGCCUUCUCCUUCCUAUUUAACUUUGAAAGGGCUAACCAAAGGGCGACAGUAACCCCCGUCGCAAACGCCUUGAAACAAGAAUGGUUCAAAGAAGUCACAAAAAUUUAUUCUAGAGAUGACGUAGAUGUUAUUAUUGUGUUUGGUCAUUUACCGGUUUCCGACCCCGAAAAUCGCGAGAUCAAUCACUUACAUUCGAAGCUAAGACACAACUAUCCUAACACAUUUAUUCACUAUUUUGGUGGCCACACUCAUAUCAGAGAUUUCGUUUCUUUAGACAACAAAGCAUAUGGGAUCCAAAGUGGGAGAUUCUGUGAAACUGUUGGAUUCUCUUCCGUUGAUGAUGUAAAAAAAGAAUCACCAGUUGUAUCAAGGAGAUACAUAGACUUUAAUCUAGAUUCAUUUAUGCACCAUGCAAAGGUAAAAAACAUUGAUGACUUUGAUACAGAACUUGGGUUGGCUGUAAACGAACAUAUAAAGCAGCUAAGGGAAGAUCUAAAUUUGACUACUGUAUUUGGAUAUGUCCCCUCAACUUAUUACAUGUACAAUAAACCACUCUCAUCGCCUCACAAUAUUUAUAAUCUUCUGACUACAAAAGUUUUACCAAGGUUGGUCUCGGACAGGUCCGAUGUUAUCGCAGAAUCAGGUGGAAGAAUAAUAAUGAUAAAUUCGGGCUCCAUAAGAUUCGAUUUACACGAAGGCCCCUUCACUACAGAUACCGAAUAUACCAUUUCCCCCUUUUCCAAUACAUGGAAUUAUAUAAAACUACCAUUAGAACUUGCAAUGCAAAUCGAAUCAUAUCUUAACGGAAUGGGUCCAAUUCUUACGUUGAAUGUGCCAGGAGAAAAUCGUCGCCAUUGUCCAUUUGUUAAUGAUAAAUCGCUACCUAAGGGUUACACAACAUCGGAUGAUUUGGGAUGCGAAGGAGAUGAUACACUCCAUCGCAGUGAACAUGAAUACAGAAUUCCUAAUGUCGUGCAAUCAAUCGAUAUUGUAAAUGAAGAUGCUGAAACUAUAGACUUUGUUUAUUAUAGUUUUAUUCAACCGUACGUGCUUGAGGCCUUAAACGAUUUGAAUGAAGAUCAAAAUAUAGUGGAUCAUGAAUUCAGCGAACAGGAUUGUAAGAUAUAUGGCGGAGCAUCGACAAAGGAUUUACUUCGUGAAUACAUCAUAUCGCUUGGCGACAAAAGCGGGAAUAGUAUCAAUACCUAA